AUGAAGGCCAGGAAAACCUUCGUGCUGGUCAUCGGGGGGGGCCCCACGGGGAUCACGACGGGGAUGUACCUGCAGAAGCACAGAAUACCACACAUACUAAUCGAGAAGGAUAAGCACAUCGAGAAGGUGCCCAAGGCGCACUACUACAACAACCAAACGAUGGAAGCCUGGAGAGGCAUCUUCCACCUGGAUAAGUGUUUCCUAAACGAAACGGAAGACCUCAACCUGUGGAAAACCUUUCAAUAUGGGUUAAGUUUGCAGAACGGUAAGGCGGUGUGCAAAUAUGACAACUUUAGAGGGAAGUACGUGUAUAGGGAUACCUACUAUGAGGACAUUAGCCCCUCCAAGGUCACCCACUUGUCGCAGUACAAACUGUUGGGCAUUCUUUACAGCUACUAUUUCAGCCGAAUGAAAUGUGACCCUCGGCAAAAGAGGGCAUUUUUAAAAAACAUAAGGCUGAAGUUGUCCACCCACCGGAUGUUGAGGUAUAUUUGUGGCAACAGCGGGUUGGGAGAAGAGGCGGACAAAGCGGUAGGUGAGGGGGCAGCUGAGGGGGCAGCUGAGGGGGCAGCUGAGGGAACGGAUAAAGGCGCCGAUGGAGAAGCGUUUUACAAAAACUAUUUCUCCUACGACGCAUCUGAAUUUUUGGUAGGGUACGAAUUUGUCAAUUUCGGGAACAUCCCAGAGGGGGGGAAUCCUCGCUAUCAUUAUCAUCCCGGGGUGAACAAUCAUACGGGGAAUAACUACCACGGCGUCGACUGGGGCACCCCACGAAAUGGCUCCUCCCUUGGAAUCUCCCCACAGGGCAUUAUAACUAAGGUUAGGAAUCUACACAACAACGAAGAAGAAGUGAUCCUAAGCAACUACGUGUUCGUGUGUGAGGGGGGGAAAAGCGGUAUAAAAAAGAGCCUACAGAUAAAUGACGAAGAUAGGAAGGAUUACAUGAAGUUUAUAAACAUCCACUUUCAAUCUUUUCGUCUGAGUGAUAUAGUCAAGUGCAACCCAUCCAUGCUGUAUUUCUUAUUUAGCGAAUACAUAGGGGUGUUAGUUUCUCACAACUACAAGCAGGGAGACUUCGUUUUACACAUUCCGUACGUAACCGAGAGGGAAGCAGAAAUGUACAACCAUAGAAGUAAGUGCCUAGAAAUGAUAAACAAGCUGACUGGUUUCGAGCUGCCAGAUAUGCGUAUUCAUAAUGUGUAUAGGUGGACCAUGCAUAGCUCCAUUGCCUCCACAUUUGUUGACAAAAAAACCAAGAGGAUUAUACUGCUGGGGGAUGCCGCUCAUAAGUUGCCCCCCUCGGGAGGGUUUGGCUUAAACUUAGGAAUUGGCGACGUGAUAAACAUAGUGUGGAAAACCAUUCGAAUUUAUAAGUUAAAAAGGGAAAAGUUUCUCGACAGCAUGGGGAAGGCACCCCAGUUUGGUUGUGCCCACCGAGGCGCUGCCCCCGAAUCGGGUGCGCAGUCUAUCCAGUUUGAGCAGUCUACCCAGUCUGCUGAGUCUUCCCUAUUACAAGAACUUAACAAACUAACUCUCCCUUUUAGCAUGCUGAGCUGGGUGGAAAAAAAGCAAAUAGAGAAUUACAUCGAUUCGUAUAACAUUGAGAGGAAGCUGGUGGCCAAUUUCACCAUACACCACGCCGUUAGAAAUUACGAAAAGGGAAAUAACGUACCAAGUCUGCUAGGAUAUAAUCACAACUCUUUUAUAAGAUGGGUGAGCUCGUGUAGGGUUAACUCCAUUCAGAGGUCGCUCUUGUUUUAUUACCUAUUUGCAAGUGCUAAGGGAGUCCUAAAAUUUGUUAACAACCUUCCCUACGUUUUCGAAUUCAAUCGAGCACGAGCAGAAAAUUUCGUGCAAAAUGAGCGGAAGAAUAUUCUCUCUUUGUUGUACCCGGGUGUGGACUUUGGCUAUUCUUACGUAGAUACUAUGUGCGAUGUUGGGGGGGUGGAUAAAGAACCCUUCUCCGAUUUGGCCCCCCCGGGGAAGAGGCGCCAUGAGGGGGUUAGCGGCGCCGUGGAAGAGGAGGCCGAUCUGGGGAGGGGGAAAAAAGGGGGAGACCCACUCGGUGUCGUAGAAAAUCCAAGAAGAAGCGGCAAACACGGCGAAAAUGGCGAACAUGGCGAACGCGACGAACAUGACCAACAGGACAAGCAGCCGCACCAGAGUGACCCCCCCCCGAAGUACAACAUUUUCGAAAAGCAGAGUGAAAAGGUACCCAAGCUGAAAAUUUGCAAAAAUAUAUACGACCACCAAAUGAGCAACGUGGUGGGGGCCAAAAUACCCCAUUUUAAUCUCUACACAUUUGACGCGAAAUGUAUUUACAAAAUUUCGACAGUGGAUCUACCCAUAUUUAACAACCCUUCCCUUUCCGUUAUAAUCAUCCUUUUUAACGAAGCAACUUUAAAUCGCAUGGCCCACUUUUUGGACGCUCAGAAUAUGCCAAGGGAUAAGUUCUCCUUCUGCUUAUGGGAUUCCAACGUUGUGGUAAGCAAAAAUGUGGAGGAUGAAUCUGUUCGAAUUUUCAAACGGAACGAUGCUGCCAUGGUAGGUAAUGACUUCUCACAUAUGAGUGUACCCUUAAGUGAGUAUGUCCUCUUUCCAAGGGGCGAUUACAAUUUUGUGGGAGACGCCAAAAAUGUGAAGCACAUACACAUGGAUGUGAAGGGGUACAACGUGAGCUACGUUUUCACGGCGGAUCUAAUACGGGACCUCUUUUUUGAUACCCUCACGUUGAAGUCGGAUGAUUCGUUCGUAAUUUUGAGACCCGACCGGCAUAUCAUAUCGGUUGGGGAGGGCAACUGGGCGGACCACCUGCGGGAUGUGAACGAGGUGUACAUUUGAGUUCUCCACGAGGGGAAGCGGGCGAAGUGAGGGAAGUGCGCUAUGCGGUGUGUGUACUACUCUUUGUUUGCUCUCCCUUCGCAGAUUUGCCUCCCCCUCUUUUUGUAA